AUGGAAGGGGCGCUGACCGCCCGCGACAAGGUCGGGGUGCAGGAUUUCGUGCUGUUGGACGCGCACACCAGCGAAUCUGCUUUUCUGGACAACCUUCGCAAGCGUUUCCGGGAGAACCUCAUCUAUACAUACAUUGGCACCCUCCUCGUGUCUGUGAAUCCGUACCAGGAGCUGGGCAUCUACACCCUGAGCCAGAUGGAGCUUUACCAAGGGGUCAAUUUCUUUGAGCUGCCACCACAUGUCUAUGCCAUAGCUGACAACGCUUACCGCAUGAUGUGCUCGGAGCUGACCAACCACCUCAUCCUCAUUUCUGGGGAGAGCGGGGCGGGGAAAACGGAGGCCUCCAAGAAGAUCCUGCAGUAUUUCGCAAUGACCUGCCCCAUGACCGACUCCCUAGAAAUCGCCCGGGACAGACUGCUGCUCUCCAACCCGGUGCUGGAGGCCUUUGGAAAUGCCAAAACGCUCCGGAAUGACAACUCCAGCAGAUUUGGGAAAUACAUGGACAUACAGUUUGACUUUAAGGGCAUUCCCAUCGGCGGGCACAUCAUCGGUUACUUGAUAGAAAAGUCUCGAGUUGUCUAUCAGAACCACGGGGAGCGGAACUUCCACAUCUUCUACCAGCUGCUGGAGGGCGGCGAGGAGCAGCUGCUGGCCUACCUGGGGCUGGAGCGAGACCCCCAGCUGUACAGAUACCUGGCCCAGGCUCAUGGCGCCAACGAGUCGUCUAUGAAUGACAGGAACGACUGGAAAACCGUCUCCAAUGCCUUUGCUGUCAUCGAUUUCACUGAAGACGACCUGGAGAAUCUCUUUGGAAUCAUUGCCAGCAUCCUGCACCUGGGGAACGUCUGUUUUAGAGAGAACCACCAGGGCUGUGCCACCAUUCCAGUCAUCAACGAGAUCAAGUGGAUCGCCAAGCUCCUGGGGGUCCAGCCGUCGGCCCUGCUGGAAGCUCUCACCCACAGGAAGAUUGAAGCCCAAACCGAGGAGGUGAUCUGCCCACUGACGCUAGAAAACUCUGUCUACGCCAGAGACGCGAUGGCGAAGGCCGUCUAUGGGCGCACAUUCACGUGGCUGGUGAACAAAAUCAACUCCUCCUUAGUGAACAAGGAGUUCACCAAGAAAACCGUGAUCGGGUUGCUGGACAUCUACGGGUUCGAGGUCUUCGACAAGAACGGUUUUGAACAGUUCUGUAUAAACUACUGCAACGAGAAGCUCCAGCAGCUCUUAAUCGAGAGAACGCUAAAGGCGGAACAGGCAGAAUAUGAAAUGGAAGGCAUAGAGUGGGAGCCGAUUCAGUAUUUCAACAACAAGAUCAUCUGUGACUUGGUUGAAGAAAGACACAAAGGAAUCAUCUCCAUCCUGGAUGAAGAAUGUAUCCGUCCUGGUCCUGCUUCUGACUUGAGUUUCCUGGAGAAGUUGGAAGAGAAAGUGGGGAAGCAUGCGCACUUCCAAACCCGGAAGCUGGCGGGUCCAAAGGGCCGCAAGAGGAUUGGCUGGAUGGAGUUCCGACUGUUCCACUACGCGGGGGAGGUCACCUACUGCACCAAAGGAUUCUUGGAAAAGAACAGUGACCUCCUGUACAGGCACCUGAAAGAGGUGCUGUGCAGGUCCAGAAACGGCAUCCUGAAGGAGUGCUUCCUGGCGGCCGAGCUGGAGAACCGCAGGAGGUCGCCCACGGUGGGGACUCAGUUCAAGACCAGCCUGAGCAGCCUUCUGGAAAUCCUCAUCUCCAAGGAGCCCUCCUAUAUCCGCUGCAUCAAGCCCAACGAGAGGAAGGAACCCAGCAAGUUUGACGACUUCCUCAUCAGGCAUCAGAUCAAGUACCUGGGGCUGAUGGAACACCUGCGGGUGAGGCGGGCCGGCUUUGCGUACCGGCGGAAGUAUGAGCAUUUCUUGCAAAGGUACAAGUCCCUGUGCCCAGACACCUGGCCGCACUGGCGCGGGCCUCCGGCAGAGGGCGUAGAGCGGCUGAUCAAAUACAUCGGCUACAAACCGGAAGAGUACAAGCUGGGGAGAACCAAGAUAUUCAUUCGCUUCCCCAGAACUCUGUUUGCCACGGAAGAUGCUUUUGAAUUUAGUAAACAUCAGUUGGUGGCGAGGAUUCAAGCCACAUACAAAGCUUGCCUGGAAAGAAGAGUGUAUGUGAAAAAAAGACAAGCAGCCAUCAAACUCGAAACCCACUGGCGUGGAGCCCUGGCCCGGAAGGAGGCCGAGAGGAGGAAGUGGGCUGUGCUGAUUGUAAGGAGGUUCAUCAAGGGGUUCAUCCAGCGCGACAAGCCUCUUUGCCCCGACAAUGAGGAGUUUGUCGUGUUCGUGCGCAAGAAUUACAUCUUGAAUCUUCGCUAUCACGUCCCGAAGAACGUCUUGGACAAGCGCUGGCUGAGGCCUCCUGGCAUCUUGCAAAACGCAUCGGAUCUGCUCCGGAAAAUGUGCGUGAGGAACCUGGUUCGGAAGUACUGCCGCGGGAUCACAGCCGAGAGGAAAGCGCUGAUGCAGCAGAAGGCGGUCGCCAGCGCAGUCUUCAGGGGAAAGAAGGAAGGCUAUGCGGAAAGUCUGAAUAAACCCUUUGCCAACAGUCGGAUAGACGAAGGAGACAUCAAUCCCAAAGUGCUUCAGCUCAUCGGCAACGAGAAAAUCCAGUAUGGCAUCCCGGUCAUUAAAUACGACAGGAAAGGCUUCAAGGCGCGGCAGCGGCAGCUCAUCCUGACGCAGAAAGCCGCAUACGUGGUGGAACUGGCCAAAAUCAAGCAGAAAAUAGAGUACUCGGCACUCAAAGGUGUCUCUACCAGCAACCUGAGCGAUGGAUUCUUAGUCAUUCACGUCUCACCAGGAGCCAACAAGCACAAGGGGGACGCCAUCUUGCAGUGUGAGCACAUCUUUGAAGUGGUUACGAAACUCGUCAUGCUGGUUAAGAAGAACAUCGUGCAUGUUGUUCAAGGAAGUUUACAGUUUUAUAUCAGUCCUGGAAGAGAAGGCACAAUAGUUUUCGACACGGGACCAGAAGAACAAAUCUAUAAAGAUAAAAACGGACAGUUAACAGUGAACGUCCUCUCGGGGAGUCACGUCACCGAGAGGGUGGUUGUGAACGUCCCCAGCGCUACGGGGAAACGACUCAGCUUUCCCACCCCGAACAACUUCAAGGUGGUCGAGUAG